AUGGCUGCUGAAUUUAAGGCCCCAUACGUUGGAACAGCUUCUACAAAGACAGCUGCAAUAGCAUACGCUGCUGGAGGCGCUGCACAGCACGCUGCAGCACAAGUUGAAGUCUUCGCUGUAGAGCAAGCUGCAGCGAACACUGCAGCACGGGUUGCAGCCCUUUCUGCGGUGCAGCUGCAGCAAAAGCUGCAGCGGAAGCUGCAGAACCAGCUAGCUGGGGCUGCAGCCGAAGCUGCAGCGCAAGCUGUAGCCCUGGUUGCAGCAAAAGCCACAGCACAAGAUGCAGCAAAGGCUGCAGUGCCAAUCUUAGUGCAGGUUGCAGGCCUAGUCGCCGCAGGAGCUGCAGCAUAG